AUGUCGCAGACACAAUCCGUGCGGGUAACACCCGCGUCCGUGCCUCUCCCACCCGAUCCUACGCCAUCUCACCGUGGUGGCCAUACUGGCGCAUCGCAAUCGCACGCUACUACCCACAGCUCCUCCCGAGGAACAUACGAGAUUCUCGAUAAAAAUCAUAGGUUGUCAUCUGCUGGCGCCGCGGCGUCCCUCAAAUACGCAAAUCCCCAGGACUUACCCAGCUUUCCUUCGGCGGGCUUGAAGAAAUCAGAUUCCGCCGCUGGGGCAGCCGCGAGUUUGGGAUGGGCAAAUCAGAAACCAUUCGAGCUUUGGCGGCCAGAUUCAUCAGCUUCGGCAUCCGCGGCGGCGGUGCUCGCACACAGUGGUGGUGCGAAGGUCGAGCUUUGGAGGGCUGAGGCAACCCCGUGGGGGAAUUCGGCUGCUACACAGGCUCUAAAGAAUGCAGGGACAUUGUCGCCGCAGCUUGAUUAUGGAUAUACUACCAUUGGACGUAAAGGCUCCCUGAUGGCUGCUACGGGCGCGAUGUCCACUAGCAGAAGGCGAUCAGAGUCAACGCCAAUGCCCGCGAAAAAGGUUGAAACUUAUCCAGAUGAGGCGAAUGCCGUUACCAAUGCAUUGCGUGCCGCCAACUCGGCGCACAGGUCAAAGAUGCGCACUGGUAUCACUCCCCAGGGUGGAUCCGUCCCGUACUCCACUAUGCCUCGAGAAAUGUAUACAUCACACCCUCCAAUUGGCCCCGAAGUUGAGGAACAGAAUAGGCAGGGUGUUCUGCAUGCAUCCGCUGUCACCAUGGCAAAACAGAUGUACAACUUGCAGCAAAAGCAGUUUGAUGCUGCGUCAAGUGCUCAUCAGGGAGCAGCUCUAGCUCAUGGACGACAACCCUCAGGAUCAGGUGUGAGCGAUGGCGAUCGCCCAGCCCACUUCGCCAAUCUUCAAAUCCAAGCACAAAAGCUUGCCCAAGAGCGUCUAGCAAAUCUUCAUGAUGAGCAUGCACAGUAUCGUGAAUAUCGAGACUAUUAUGGAGAGAAUCAGCAACAGCACCCAAAAUCCAGGUUAUCGAUUAGGGGAACGAUGCGACGUCGAGCCUCUAGUGAUGGCGAUUUAGACGAGGAUAGAAAGCAAUCUAAUACGAUCCGGGCUCAAAUGUCUCUGUUUUCGAGCAAUUUGUCCCAGGUGGAUUCGAAGAAGAGGCAACAUGACAGAGAAGCUUUAAUUGCUGCUGCUCAGCGGAACGUGGCCAAAAACUUACAAGCUAUCGAUGAAAGGGUCAUGGCCGAGACUGGCAGACCUUCUCCGUCCACUAUCAGCGAGUGGGAGCUCAAAGCACAAGCUGCGGCACAGGGGAGGAAUGACACCCGGCGCAUGGAGCAUCAUAACAAGGUCAACAUUGGUGGCGGCAAGUUCAUCGACCAAAGCGAAAUCGAUGAGAUUGCGGCCCGGAAUGUGCAACCAGUACUAGAUGAAAUCAAUGAUAAAGUGGAGAAGCAGCAAGCUAAGGAAGCUGACAUGAGGUUGGAGCAAGAACUCGAGAAGAAAAGGGCAGAGGAGCAGAAGAUUCGGGAUAAGGAGCAAAAAGAGAUUCAUCGCAAGCUAAAACAGCAAGACAAGGAGGAGGAGAAAGCCCGGAAGGCCGAAGAGAAACACAUCAGGGAUGAAGAAAAGCGCAUGUCGAAGGACGUAAGCUCUAGGCUCGAACACGAACAUGAGAAAACGAAGUUGGAGGAGCGGAAGCUCCACGAGAUGGAGGAGAAAGAGAUCCAUCGCAAGCUAAAACUGCAAGAUAAAGAAGAGGAGAAAGCCCGCAAAGCCGAGGAAAGGGCCUUGCGAAAAGGGAAGCGGAGAUCUCUAAAGACAGGCGAGGCAACUGAGCCUGAAAUCACAGAGCCUGCUGCUGCCCCAGUCGCUAUUGCCCCCGUCGCGGUCGCCGUACCAGUGGAAACUCAGGGCGAACCUAUAACUAGUGCCACUCUCCCCGAGCGAAGUGAAGCCCUAGUUACGCCGGCAAAUGCCGAUACUUCAAGCCCUCAGCGGGUUACUACCGCCGUAGACGAGUGGCCAAGUUCUGUAGCCAAAGAUGAGGCGGCACUAAAAUCGCCAAAGUCUGGCACCUCCGAAGACUCGAGCAAGAUGAAGAACUGGCUGAAGACGAAAAUCGGCCGUCGGUUAAGCAGAGCGCAUACACCUCCGAAUCAGGCUGAAAAUCAGCCUGCAGAUAGAACCAGCGGAGGUAAAUUCAUAGGCGGAGCAGCACUUACCGGCGGAAGUGCAAAGAAUAGCAGUACAAACCUUGCAACUGAUACUGCGAGCGCGAAAGUCACCCCACUUGCAGCUCCAGCAGCUACCCCCGAGGCAGAGGAGCAUCAGGACAGGGUAGGCAGGAGUCCCGUACGACGCGACCAUAGCCCAGUCAGUUCGCCUACCAGUAUGUAUGAAGAUCUCGUCAGCCAUGAUAAUGUGAGCGGUGUGUCGCCGGAGCGAGGCAUCUCUGGUCUUACACCGCCUCCAAAACUCCCGGAGCCUAAGAGUAGCAGUCCUGCGAGGUCAACUCGGUUUACGGAGGAGAUCUAG